CAGUUGAUUUUCAUUAAACAUUUACACUGAAAGAUCUUCAAACCUACUCCAGAGGCCUAUAAUGUUGCAAGUAUUGGAAAAACUUGGAUUGCAACAUGCUUAUGAACAUUUUGAAAAAGAAAAAAUAACGCCGGAUAUUGUUUGUAAGCUGUCUGUCCAAGAAUUCGAAGCCGUUGGCAUUUCAAAUAGAGCGGAGAUGAUGAAAAUCAGAAUUGAGUGUGUAAAGUUUGGACGAUUUCCACCGAAUAGGAUUCAGGGUAAUGUAGGACCACCUAUGUUUGACAUUCCAAAAUCAACAAUAGAGAAUUUGCUUGAAAAUAACUUUGAAAUUUCUGAUAUUGCAACACUGUUAUUGGUAUCCGAGAGGACUAUUUAUCGCAGAAUGGCGCUCUUUGGAUUGAGUAAAAGCGAUUUUUCAGAAAUUAAUGAAAACGACCUCGAUGAACAAGUUGGUAAAAUAUUAAACAAAUUUCCUCUUUGUGGUGAAAAUAUGCUGAGACAAAUGUUGCUUUCAAAAAAUAUUCGAAUUCAGAGAUGGAGACUCAGAGACUGUAUUCAUCGAAUUGAUAAAGAAGGAGUUCAAUCAAGAAAAAUAGGCCGACUUCAUAGGCGCAUUUAUAAUGUUCAAGGUCCAAACCACCUAUGGCACAUAGAUUCAAACCAUAAACUGGUACGUUGGAGGUUUGUUGUAAUCGGUGGUAUUGACGGUUUCAGUAGACUGGUUACGUAUUUGAAGUGUGUUGACAACAACACAUCUAGAACGGUAUUAGAUUGUUUUUUGCUCGGUGUGGACACUUAUGGACUCCCUAUGAGGGUCCGGUCAGACAAAGGACUGGAAAAUGUAUCAGUCGCAGACUACAUGCUAUUAGAACGGGGUGACGGAAGCAUGAUAACUGGAAAAAGUACGCAUAAUCAAAGAAUAGAGAGACUUUGGAGGGACGUUUUCGAAGGCGUGUUAUGUUUCUUUUAUAAUUUAUUCUAUUUUAUGGAAGACCAAGGAAUUCUAGAUGCCUUGAAUGUAAAAAAUUUAGCUGCACUGCACUACAUUUACAUGGAUGAAAUAAACAGAAGACUUCAAUUUUGGGCUCGGGCGUGGUCACGUCAUAGAAUCCGCACAGUGAAAGCUUCCCCAAUUCAAUUAUGGAUGAGUGGACAAAUUCAAAAUCCUGUUGGCAUUCCCCUCGACAGGAAUGAUUUACAAGAUUAUGGUGUUGAAGGUUACGUUGAUCACACUGAUGUUGAAUACGGUGACAGACCAGUAUUUGAACCAGUUUCACAAAUGCUUACUGAAGACUGUAGAGUUGCCUUAAAUGUAGACUUAAGAAGAAAUAACAGAAAUUUCGGAAUUGACGACUAUUUAAAGUGUUUAGAAAUUAUAAAUAGAUUCUAGAAAUUUCCCAUUUUAAUCAUAAUAAACCAAAAGGUGACAAUCUACUCCAUUUCUUUUUUAUUCGAAAAUACAGAGCAGGUUAUCUUUAAACAAUAUAAAAUGCUUUCUUUUGUGAUUCAUGCGGGAUAUGAGGGUGGCGACAUUGCAGAAAAAAUCAUGUAUCGCAUUAGCAGAUUAUGUAUUAUUAUAUUUUUUUGCAAUAAUGGAUGAAGUAGUUUGUGACCACAGAA